GGUUAAUUGCUUCAUCUUUAUGGUGGCGGAUUGGAGUUUGUUUUGAAUUUGCCGUGAAUUGUGGAUUUCCAUAAAUAUUUCAAAUAGUAAUUGUGUUUGUGAUAUAUUCCGACGUAUGAAUGACCAGUAUUUCAUGCAGAUAAAAAGUGAACGCUAAUACAUCAUAGACAGCUCAGUUUAGGGCGUGUAGAAGCCAGCGUAGGAUAAUGGCCGUGAUUCAGUGAAUAGCCAGAGCCAGUCGGUGCCGUUCUCCCAGUUCGUGUUUAUAAAAGUGGAAUGCAGCUGAAUAUAAACGACGUGUCAGCGAUAUAUUGUAAAACAACAUUGAGGUUUCGAGUUGAAAUAAAGCGUUGAAUGUAUUUUUUAUACAGUUCAUUGGUUUUGUGAAAUCCUCAACUUGAAUUAAUACAAUGAAAUCAGAAAUGAUGUAAUGAAAUGUUGGAGAGAACUAGAUCCUAUUUUGAUAAUGUUUUGUCAAAUAAUUUCAAUUAUACUCAAGACCAGAGCGACGUCAGAAAACUAGACAGAACGAAUCGAAAUAGACUGAGAAAUUCAAAAUCGAAUUUGAAGAAUGAUGACGUGAGUGAAGCGGCAGAUGACCAAAUCAUGACACGUAAGACUAGGACCAGACGACCGAGGAUACCAGCACUUCAAUCUGGCUACUGCGCAGUUUGCAACCUGCCCUACAACAACGUUGAGGAUCACAUACAAUCGAAGAAACACCAAAAACUCAUCGGGGGAGAUGCCAAUUAUAUUGCUCUGAAUGGAUCACUGAACGGAUUCUUGGAAAAUAAUAGUAUACCGUUCUUGAAUCUGAACGGGGUCGAUGCCAUAGGAGUACACGAAACAUCUUUUGAAGAAUUGUCUCCAAAGUGGAAAAAACGAACCAUUCCCAGAACACGUACACGUUCAAUAAUGUGUGAUCAAGUGAAGUCGUCGCCGUUACCGUCAACUGAUUGUGAUACCGCUGGACAUCACUUGAGAUCAAGAAGAAAUGUUAGUUACAUGACACCACCGUCGGACGAUGAUAGUUUAGAAGAUCAUCCUAAUUUGAAUUUUCAUGCGGAACCGAUACAUCCCGAAUACAAGGAAUACCGAGAGUUGCGAUCUAGUACACGGGCAUUGGCUAAAUUGACUGGAGAAAAUAUCCAGGAGGAGUUGUGGAACUCCGGAAGACCUAAAAGAACUUGUAUAGGUAAAAAGCGCCACUCGGUAGAUGAACCGCCACCGACUACAAAUUGUAAAACAUUCUAUAAAGUCGAAGUAGUUUCCCCAAAACCGCGAUCGGGCGUUGGCGUGAAAGAAAAGGGAGCAACAAGAAGGCAGCAGUCGAAAUCUCCCAAGAGAGAUGAAGAGAAAGAGAAAGCUCUUAUAGUCAAAUUCAAAAAAAUGCGCAACUCCGAACUAACUAGAUUGAACAAUGAGGCGACAAAUUUUUUGUUUCCUAAAAAGGAUGACGAAUCUAGCGAAGAAUUUGAAGAGGUCGACGAUGAAGUUAACACCAUUACUAGCUCAGUUGAAAAUGAUGAAAGUAUUUCAUUGUCCUGCAGCGAUAAUGAAAACUCCAUCGCUAGCUCUCAGAAAUUUAGGAUUGAAGAUGACCACUCAAUGGAUAGUACUUGUUCCAGUGGAAGAAACAAGAAGAAGAGAAGAACCCACGCAGAAGCGUUCAUAAUGGACAAUCAAAAGUACUAUAAAUUUGAAACUCCGGGUUCACGGUUGAGAUAUCAUGGAUCUUAUUUACCGCCUAUGAUAAAAUCACUGAAGCACAAUGGAGAUUGUUCCCCCAAAAGAGAAGUUACGAAAAUUGAGGAGCCAGAAGAGAAGAAGAUGAAAUAUAGUAGGAAUGCCAAGGUCAAAUUAGAUAACUAUACAUUUUCUUUCGAGAAAGUUCCUUCAAAUUCACCCUGGUAUAGUGCGUUCCAAAGGCUGGACAAAGGAGAACAGACAUAUAGAGUUUUUAGUGAUUGUAAGUAUUUUUUGUGA